AAAGACGUACGCCUAUUGGAUAAUUGCGCGUCGCGUGUCGCAAAUCGCGCUGCUCUGCCAGAGCCAAAAGGCUCGCUCUUUCGAUUCGUCAACUGCUCGCUGUCCCUCCAUUGAAUUUCGUUCGUCGCCACGUUCUGUUCGUGGAAUAUUUCCACAAAUUCCCUACGCACGCGUCCAAUGGCGUCUCCGACAAAGUGUCGCUGAACGUAAUCCGAAAUUACGGUUCUUCAAAUUCGGUUUGACUGGUUCUCAGUGUCCGUGCUUCGCGAGAACGCAUUGUUUCGUUAUGGCUGAUGCGGGCCUAAGUCUAGAUGACAUAAUUAAAAAGUCAAAAUCGCUUGGAAUGAGAGGCAGAGGAGGGGUACAUAGGGGCAUCAGCAGAGGAGCACGAGCGAACGGUUCGGUGAGGGGACGUGGUCCGCAAGUGAUCACGGAUGCACGAUUUAAGAUAAUACAGAAGAAUCGGGAGAAGCUGACUGAUGCUAGAGAUAAGCUAGCUGAGAUAGCAAAGCAGAGCGAUGCACGGCUCAAGCUGGAUAAGCUUCGUGCGUCUCACUUGAAGAAGAUAGACACGCUCUCAGGAAUCUCACGUAAGACUGGUCGGAAUGGCAGACUCUCCCUGUCGACGAACAAAGUGCCACACUUGAUGCAGCAUGUGCUACCGCCGAAUAUACCGAACAAUUAUAUGUCUCCGCCGACAAGAGCAGUUGGGUACAGACCACCUCUUGCCGAACCACAUUACUUAGGAGAUAUGAGUAUGGAUUAUACUGAUGAUUAUCUGGCGGAUUCGCCUUCAUUGAGGAGGACUGUGAGCAACGAGUAUGCACCAACACCCCCACCUCCACCUCCUGUGUUUAGUAUUAAUCCGAUUUCUCCUUAUACCUGGGUAAAGUCCAGAAACACUAAUGUAACUAGGAUUCCAGCUCGAAAAUCUGAACUAGAGAAGGAACGAGAAAGGCAAAGAGAAUAUAAACUUGCUGCGCGUUCUGCGAUGAUGAAAACUGCUUCACCUCCUUAUAAAGAAGACUGGAGUUUUGGCACAAAGUCAAGAACAAUUGUAGCAGAAGACACAGCCGAUUCCAAGUACUACGAUUCCAGAAAUCUUCGAGAAGUAGGGGUUAAAUCGCGUCUCGAUUCUUCCGCGAAUAAGCCGAGAACAAUGGGCGUUUUGGCGCGGCCGAAGGCAAGUUCCAGUUCGUCGAUACAAUCAAACGGCUAUCGAAUUGUAGUAUCCAACUUACAAGCUAACGUCACGCAAGAAGAUAUCAAGGAAUUAUUCGAAGAUGUCGGGGAACUGCUUGUAUCGAGACUAGUACGUCCAGGUACAGCGGAAGUAAUUUAUAAAACACUGAAGGAUGCGACUAAGGCAGUUGAAACUUAUCAUAAUCGACAAUUAGAUGGUCAUCCAAUGAAAUGUCUUCUCGUUAAUCCACGACCAAAAAAUAAUCCAACUGGGCCAGCUGUCCGAUCUGUCACGGAGUCAAGACGUAGUAUCAGCUCGAGUUAUGUACAACCAAGUUUAGGAGCGGUGCAUCGCGCAUUAUUUGAUGAUUCUUAAUUGAACGUAUCCAUUUUGAUAUAAGUGAAUACAAUAUGAAGAAGGAAAUGUCUUGUAUGUAUGUAAUGGACAUUAUGCUGAUUAAUCUUAGGAAAGCGGACGACGAAAUGCGCACUCAAUGUGCGCAACUUCAAUUCCCAGCUGUAAUUGUAUUAAUAAACUUAUUAUCUUUAAUCUAUACGGUCUAUACGACCAAUAACACUGGAACGCUUUUGUGUGAUUUUUUUUAGAGAUAAAUGUCUCCUUAUAUUAUUUUAAUUGUAAUUUUAUUUUACUUUAAUAUACUUCACGAAUAAUGAAUUACAUCAAGUUUUUGAAAUAUUAGAGAUUGCAAACUAUCUUUCAAUGUUGAAGGAAAGUAAUAGAAAAAGUUCAAGCGUUCUAGUGUUAAAAUAUAGAGUCACUUACAUUAAAAAAAUAAUACGAUCGAGGAAUCGCGGAGAUAUCGGGUGCAAGCUGCUUCUUGUCAUUUAAUAUGUCCGAAUAAAAAGUGGUACUCAUUCA